GGGUUUCUGAAAAAAAUGUUAAGUAAUAUCUUUAAUUGAGACAUUUUUACCUAAUAUUCUAUCGAAACAAUGAAAUUUUAUUGAGGUUAUGGACUCAAUCAUGAAGGAAAACAGUUCAUAAAAUCAAGCGCCCCAACUCAACACAUUUAUUUUAAUUCUUUAUUCACAUUUUUUCACUCAUGUGUUACAUUUUUAAACUUAUGUAUAUUCUUCUUCUUACCAUAUUUACUUUUUCUCACUACUUUAUUCAAUAAAAAACCAAUUUUCCGCAAAAUGCACCACACCACACACGAGCUAAACGUCAAAAUUUGAGUACUACCGCCAAAGUAGACGGUACUAGAAUUAAAAUACCGGAAGUUAUGACCUGUGGCGCUACCUUUUAGAAUUCCUUUAUAACAAUUUUGACAUUUUAGACGACCUAAAAAAAACAAAGAAAAUUUUUGCAUUGUUGUGUCAAGUAUAUUUUAUGCUUUAUUUAAAUUUAAAAAUUCUUUGUAAAAAUAACUUCAAAUUAAAAUACCAAACUCUAUUAACGUUAUAUUGUGAGGUGUACGAUGAUAAUCGUAAUUUUGAAAGAAAUUUCAAAUUAAGUGUUUCCAACUAUUAAUUGAAUUGAAAUCGUAGAGAUAAAACAAAAGAAUAUGGUACGUGCAGACAUAAAACAAACAUUCCAAAACAUCAGCUAGCUGAAAAUGAAAUCUGCAACGUUCAUUGCUAUAGCUGUUUUUCCUGUGUAAUAAAAUUGAUGAGCUUAGUGCAAUGACUGGACCAGGAGAAUGCUCCACUUCAAUCAACUGUCAAACUUCUCACGUAGUUUUGGACACAGAUAGUGAGGAAUUGAAUGAAAGAACACCACUUCUUUCCAUUCCGAACGCUCCACCAAGAAGUUGCUUGGAAGUAUGUAUUGUGUCAAUAAUUUUCUUUUGUGGUAUCGCAAUUGGAAUAUAUCUACUUAUUGUUGAAGGAAAAGAAAGACCUACGAAUUUUCCAUUUGAUCUCAUCGACAGGAGUUCAUGGACAGCCAAUGAAGCUCACGGAAAACCAUUCAAUCAAUAUGUAGUAGAUCACGUUAUAGUGUUUCACACUCGUGGGAAACGUUGUGACAACUUUCAGGAUUGCAUCAAAAUUAUUAAGUCUCUCCAAACGGAUUUACAACGACGCAAUAUCUCAGAUGUUCCUUACAAUUUUCUUAUUAGUGACGAUGGUCUAACAUAUGAAGCACAAGGAUGGAAAUUUCAAAGUGGAUUUAUUGGACUGAAAGAGCGAAAUCGUACAUUUGCCUUGGGGUUUCUAGGGAAUUUUACAAAGCAGACACCAAAAAGACGUCAACUUGAGGAGUCUCGAUCCUUCAUCAAUGAAGCUAUCCGGAGAGGUAAGUUACAAAGUAAAUAUGGUGUAUUUGUGGCAAGGAAUAAAACAGAACAACCGAGAGAUUCUCAGGCAUUGAUUGAUUCCUUGAAAAUAUGGGAUAGUUGGCGAGGUGUGAUAGAAUACUCAUGAACUUUUUUUUUCUUUAUUACAAAUUUUCAUGCCACAUAUUUUGUUUCAUACAAUUUUAUUUCCUUCAUUGAAUAAGAAAAGAAAACAAUAUAUACAAUAUUACAAUAAAGAAGGAAUAGAAAUUUUAGAUAGAUAAUUUUAGCAUUAAAAUGUAAGCAAAAGGCUGAUGAGACACUGUAUAAAAAUUAUUUUUAGUAUCAACGGUAAUGAAUUUUAAAGCAUAUAUAUCUCGAAUUAGUAUAAAAAUUCGUUACUUUCUUCAAGGUUUAAGUCUGUUUCCCAAAGAAAGAAAUUUAUUAUUUCUAUUUUAUAUUUCUUUAAGUUUAGUCCUUUAAGUUCCUUUAACUUUUGAAUCUUAAAUAUUUCGAAACAGCUUCAAACUCAAUAGUUACAUUUAUGAACAGUGUCUCUUGUGAGAAAAGGCAAAGAACAAAUAAACAGUAAAAAGUCUAGAUUUUUUUCUUUCAAAAAUGGGACUAAUUUAUAUAUUUCAACUAAAAAUAUUGCAGGCUACACAGAUUUUUUUUUAAUUUGCAUGAUAAUUACACUGUUUUGAAUGUUUGCUUUUUUAAGAUUGUUUUUUUUUUUAUAAGCGUCAGUUGAAGCAAGCAUAUGACACAAAUAAUUCUACACUAUAAGUAAAAACAGGAAAAGUUCCUGCCUUCCACACUGAAUUGAAUUUACUGCCCAUUUUUGUAACUUGUCAAUUUUAAAUUUUUACUGCUUAUUUGUACAGUGCCCUGAAAAAUUUCAAUCCCCGAGAUCAAACAAAAUUCACCGCUAACAAAGAUUUGUAGUAACUGAUAUUACAUACAAAUAAUUUUCUACAGAAAAAUAUUUAUAAGUAUAAAUUGUUAUAUUUGAAAGUCUUUUUUCAGCAGAAAUUUAUUGAUAAAUAAAAGCAAAACAUGAAAGCGAAUUACUAUUGGUAAACUUUAGAAUUGCAUAAAAAAGUUUCCAAUUAAUUGUCUUGUAUAUAGUUGGUAAAAAGUGAAAAUUCUCAUGUAAAUAAAAAUGUAAGAGAAUAAUAAACUUCUGCAAUGGAAAAUGGAAUAAAA